CCCCAUCAAGAUCAUCACCAACCGUCUAAGCGCCUUCUGCGAAGCCAACAACUUCCUCCCGGAGGAACAGUGCGGAUUUCGACCCGGGCGAUCUACCGUCGACAUGCUGUUCGUCGACUUGGACAAGGUGUAUGAUUUGGUGGACCGAGAGAUGCUAUGGAAGGUGCUGGCCGGGGCCGGGACUCCCGCGAAGCUGAUCGAAGUCAUCCGCCAGUUCCACGAUGGAAUGCGGGCCCGGGUGCGCAUGGACGACGGAGAACUAUCGGACUGGUUCUUCGUGACACAGGGCGUGCGACAAGGAUGUGUGCUAUCCCCACUGCUGUUCAACAUCUUCUUCGCCGAGGUCCUCGAGGUCGUUGUCAUCCGAUUCAGCGAGGAUGAUGUUGUUCUGCGGAGCCUGGUGUGCUUGGAGGAGGGGAAGACAGAAGCGGGGGGGCGGGAGGAGACACCCCUUGACCGAGUACGGAGGGCAGUAUGGGGGAUGCUGUAUGCCGAUGAUGCCGGCGUCGUAUCGAGGUCUGCAGAAGGACUGGCGAGAAUGAUGACCAUCAUCGUUGAGGUGUUCGGGGAGUUCGGGCUAACGGUGUCGGAGAAGAACACGGAGACGCUCCUGAUGCGCGCAAAGGACAACCCGACUACAACAUCACAGCCCGCCCCGCCUCCACCGCUGACCAUCGAAGCCGCGGGACAGAA